UUGUCAUGCACCUCAAUCUCCCAGCUCCAAAAUGGCAUACAUGCACAUUUCUCUCCUCUUCUUAGCCAACUUCCUUCUACAAGUUGCAGUGGCCCGAGCCAAAGUUCCUGCCAUCAUCGUGUUCGGAGACUCCUCGGUUGAUGCAGGCAACAACAAUCAGAUUUCAACCAUUGCCAAGAGUAAUUUUGAGCCUUACGGUCGCAAUUUCCCGGGUGGGAGGCCCACCGGACGGUUCUCCAAUGGCCGGAUUCCUACCGACUUCAUAUCCGAGGCUUUCGGGCUCAAGCCGACUGUGCCGGCCUACUUGGAUCCAACGUAUAGCAUAAAGGAUUUCGCCACCGGAGUUUCCUUUGCUUCCGCCGGAAGUGGCUACGACAAUGCAACUUCUGAUGUGCUAUCAGUGAUACCACUAUGGAAGGAGUUAGAGUACUACAAAGAUUAUCAGACAGAACUGAGAGCAUAUCUGGGUGUGAAGAAGGCUAAUGAAGUAUUGAGUGAGGCCUUAUACGUGAUGAGCUUGGGAACCAACGAUUUCCUUGAGAACUACUACGUAUUUCCUAAUCGAUCAUCACAGUUUACCAUUAAACAGUAUGAGGAUUUCCUCAUAGGGAUCGCCGGACAUUUUGUUCACCAACUUUAUGGACUUGGAGCGAGGAAGAUAUCAGUAGGGGGCCUGCCUCCAAUGGGGUGUAUGCCAUUGGAAAGAACCACAAAUUUCAUGAACAAUGCUGAAUGUGUGGAGCAAUACAACAAUGUGGCUCUGGAUUUUAACUGGAAAUUGAAGGCUUUGGUCAUGAUGCUGAACAAGGAGCUUCUUGGAGCCAAAAUUGUGCUGUCAAACCCUUACUACAUUCUCAUGAGCAUGGUUGAAAGGCCUUCGGUUUAUGGAUUCGAGAAUGCAGCAGUGGCAUGUUGCUCGACCGGAAUGUUUGAGAUGGGCUACGCUUGCAGCCGAUUAAAUCCAUUCACAUGCAAUGAUGCUGACAAAUACGUGUUUUGGGAUGCUUUUCAUCCAACCGAAAAAACCAAUUCUAUCAUUGCCCACUAUGUCGUUAAGAAAGUUUUAGCUCAGUUCCUUUGAUCGAUCAUGCCUAAAAAUCGUUGUACCUUUCUUUAGUAAGUCAUGCCAUACUUGUAGGCGUCAAUUAUUUGUAAUGUUAUCUAGCAACAUCCUUAUUAUAUUUUAAUUAAUGUCUCUAGAUCUCCAUCUACAAUAAAAUUAUGUAUCUUUUGGUUGGGUUUA